GCGCUGUUGAUUACCAUUGAAAACUGUCAAAAAAUGGUGGAUUUGUGCUGUCACAUUGGCGUUGCGGUGUGAUUUUUAUAAAUUUCGUUUAUAAAUUCCAGUCAUGUUAUAGCUUUGUUUGCAAGAUAUACAUAGCAAUAAUGGAGGAAGAAGAUCCAGUAGUACAGGAGAUACCUGUGUUCCUGUCGCAGGCAUUAUCUCAGAACCUGUAUAUAUACCAAUAUCCAGUGAGACCUGCAAAUAGGGACUGGAAAGACGUUAAAGUUGUGAAUGCGUCUGUGAAACCUAGGAACAAGAUGGUGAAGCUAGAAGUUGGCUUGGACACGUACAGUGACAAGUAUUGUUCGUCUAAAGGCGAACAGAUCGCUCUCAAUACAGAUGGCCAACAGGAAUCAUCAUGGCACAUUAAAGAGAAGGACAAAUCACAGUACUUUAGACAUGGCAUUAUGGAUAAGAUUGUCUAUGAGAGCAGUGUGCCGUGCACAGAGACGCAGCACUAUGCUGUUGCUAUACUGCAGGAUAAGGAGUUACACUGUACACCUAUACAAGGUAUCAUCCAAAUGAGGCCUGCCUACUCCUAUUUUGAUAAGCAAGACAAGCGCAAGAAUGACAAGAGUAAAGCAGAGUCUGAUGAUGAAGACAAAGAGCCUGAAGCACAGCAGGUUACAGUAAAAUUCGCGCGUCAAGAAACCGAGGUAUCUAAGAAAGCGCGAGAGAAAUCUUUUGAAACAAUAUCGCAGCGAAUUAACGAUGAGCCAUGGUAUGACGCGCUAUGGAAAUCCUCGGAAACCGAUCAUGCUGAGCUGGAGCGCUUGAAGCUAUUUAGCGCCACAUCAUCGGAUGGGUCGGCGCUGACGGUGAGCGCGCGGGAGUACGUGCGAGCGUUAGUGCCCGCGCCGCCGGAGGACGAGGCCGAUAUAGCGCCCACCAAGCUGCCCUCACCUCAGGAACAGUUGAAGGAAAUACUUAUAAGAGCAAAACUGAUGACAUUCAAGGAUCUAUCGGAGCGUAUCCGCACGGAGUCGGGCCCGCUGAGCGAGGCGGCGCUGCUGUCGGCGCUGAGCGGCGCCGCGUGCUGCGUGCGCGGGCUGUGGGCGCCGCGCUCGCCCGACCUCUACACCCGCGCCGCGCCCGUGCCCGCCCGCCUCAUGUGUGCCGCCAGGGACCAUGUGGUGAGUAGUCAGCACAUCUCCGCCGACCUCUACACCCGCGCCGCGCCCGUGCCCGCCCGCCUCAUGUGUGCCGCCAGGGACCAUGUGGUGAGUAGUCAGCACAUCUCCGCCGACCUCUACACCCGCGCCGCGCCCGUGCCCGCCCGCCUCAUGUGUGCCGCCAGGGACCAUGUGGUGAGUAGUCAGCACAUCUCCGCCGACCUCUACACCCGCGCCGCGCCCGUGCCCGCCCGCCUCAUGUGUGCCGCCAGGGACCAUGUGGUGAGUAGUCAGCACAUCUCCGCCGACCUCUACACCCGCGCCGCGCCCGUGCCCGCCCGCCUCAUGUGUGCCGCCAGGGACCAUGUGGUGAGUAGUCAGCACAUCUCCGCCGACCUCUACACCCGCGCCGCGCCCGUGCCCGCCCGCCUCAUGUGUGCCGCCAGGGACCAUGUGGUGAGUAGUCAGCACAUCUCCGCCGACCUCUACACCCGCGCCGCGCCCGUGCCCGCCCGCCUCAUGUGUGCCGCCAGGGACCAUGUGGUGAGUAGUCAGCACAUCUCCGCCGACCUCUACACCCGCGCCGCGCCCGUGCCCGCCCGCCUCAUGUGUGCCGCCAGGGACCAUGUGGUGAGUAGUCAGCACAUCUCCGCCGACCUCUACACCCGCGCCGCGCCCGUGCCCGCCCGCCUCAUGUGUGCCGCCAGGGACCAUGUGGUGAGUAGUCAGCACAUCUCCGCCGACCUCUACACCCGCGCCGCGCCCGUGCCCGCCCGCCUCAUGUGUGCCGCCAGGGACCAUGUGGUGAGUAGUCAGCACAUCUCCGCCGACCUCUACACCCGCGCCGCGCCCGUGCCCGCCCGCCUCAUGUGUGCCGCCAGGGACCAUGUGGUGAGUAGUCAGCACAUCUCCGCCGACCUCUACACCCGCGCCGCGCCCGUGCCCGCCCGCCUCAUGUGUGCCGCCAGGGACCAUGUGGUGAGUAGUCAGCACAUCUCCGCCGACCUCUACACCCGCGCCGCGCCCGUGCCCGCCCGCCUCAUGUGUGCCGCCAGGGACCAUGUGGUGAGUAGUCAGCACAUCUCCGCCGACCUCUACACCCGCGCCGCGCCCGUGCCCGCCCGCCUCAUGUGUGCCGCCAGGGACCAUGUGGUGAGUAGUCAGCACAUCUCCGCCGACCUCUACACCCGCGCCGCGCCCGUGCCCGCCCGCCUCAUGUGUGCCGCCAGGGACCAUGUGGUGAGUAGUCAGCACAUCUCCGCCGACCUCUACACCCGCGCCGCGCCCGUGCCCGCCCGCCUCAUGUGUGCCGCCAGGGACCAUGUGGUGAGUAGUCAGCACAUCUCCGCCGACCUCUACACCCGCGCCGCGCCCGUGCCCGCCCGCCUCAUGUGUGCCGCCAGGGACCAUGUGGUGAGUAGUCAGCACAUCUCCGCCGACCUCUACACCCGCGCCGCGCCCGUGCCCGCCCGCCUCAUGUGUGCCGCCAGGGACCAUGUGGUGAGUAGUCAGCACAUCUCCGCCGACCUCUACACCCGCGCCGCGCCCGUGCCUGCUAGGCUUAUGUGUGCUGCUAGAGAUCAUGUGCUGUAUCUCUUCACACAACACUCGUACAUUGAUCGGCGGAAGGUAGCCGCAGCAGUUCGCCUCCCCCCCACAGAGGUGUUAGAGAUCAUCCGAUCCGUCGCCAAGUUCAACCCCAAGACUGGCUGGGAACUCAUCAUACCACCCGACGUCGGCUUCGAAAUGAAAUACCCCGAAGUUGUUCAGCGACAAAACUUAUACUGGGAGGCUAGGCAAAGAUUAUUCAAUGAAAUGUUGAUCGGAGAAAAUCUGCCCAAGAGGCAGAGGAAGAAAUCUCAACGAGAUUCAGUGUCGUCCGACACCAUGAUGAGCCCAAAACCUCGAUGCAACAGUGUUACCGAAGACGACAGUGAUCGAAAGAGACACAAAAAUAAAUCCGCUACCGGUAGUGGGAAAAGGACUAGGAAUAUAAGUUCAAGCAGUGGUCAGGACGCCACGUGAUUCUCGCCCUAGCUAGGUUAUCAAAUUGUAGAGUAUACCCACCAGUGCUUAGUGAACAUAAGUGAACUGUGACAUGUCAAUCAUCAUUAUUAACGUUUUGGUGCUGCUAAUCAAUGUGCGUAAAUGGAUUUUUAACAUAUUAUCAUCAAUGGACUUCCAAACAUUUUGAGUUAUCAUGGAAAAUAUUAAUUCACGACCCAAAACUGUUGUUUUAUAUUUAAAGUCAAGUUAUUUCACUGUUCUUACGCAUUAUGUUGCUUGCACUCGUUGAAAUAAUGUUUGUUUGUAUAGUAGUUGUUGACUAGCAAAUCUUAUGAAAUAUCGUUUUUAGCAUUAAUUGUGUAAAUCUUGAGUUCCCAGUGUUUUGUGUUAUUGGUUCAUAGUUCACGCGGUAUUUUAUGACAAUUAUCAGUGAUUAAACUGUAGACUGUAUAAAUUAUUAUUGUUUUGUUGUUAAUGGUAUAUCUAGGAGAAAACUUCUUAUAAAAUAUUGUAUGGACUUUUUCUCUCCUAGAUAUUAAAUUGACAGAUAUUUAGAUGGCUUGUAAUAUUGUAAUCAAGUAACAAAGUUACGAAUACGUUAUGAAGUUUCAGCUAGACCUAAAUUCAUAGAUUUUUACAUUUUGCAUGACUACAAUUGUUAAAUUUUAUAUCGAAAUAUCUGUAUUAUAUUAAAUAAUUAUGUUAUAAACGCUUACAUUUGUUGUAAGUUUUGCUGCAUGGCAGUAACAAGGUUAUUUAUUGAUAUGUCAUAAACAACUAGCUUGUUUAAUAUAACGGUAGUUGUUCUGUUCAUAUUAGGAAAUCCACAUCAUAGUCCUAAAUAGAUAUCAAGUGUAUGCAAAAAUGUGCCUAAUUAGCUUUUAUCGGAUCUAAGAUAAUAAUAUAAUGUUAUAUUAUAAUUUAUAUAUAAAAUAUGGCAUUGAUAAACCGCUAGUAACUAACCCAUUACAAACACUGCCGAAAUAUUAGAAAUCAAAUAGCCUGUAAAAAUAAGAAAAUCAUGCAAGCAAAUAAUAGUCUGAAAAUAAGUACAUUGCCUUUAACUAAAGCAAGCAAUCACAAUGAUCAUUUAGGUAUAUCGUUUUAUACAUUUAUAUUUGAGAAGAAGCAAUUAAUAUAAACAAGUAAUAAUAUAGCAUACGUAGUUGAUCUGAAACUAAGAAAAGUAAUAAAAAACUAUCGUAAAUUUUCCAUAUUUCUACAUCAUGUCAUCGAAAUGUAUCAUUUAUGUAUUCAUAUAUUGUGUUAGCCAAACAAUAUGUCGAGACCACGCUAGGCAAGCUUAUACUUAAGAUGAAAUACGAAAUAAUAUACACCAUGUAGCCCUAGAUAACAAUAUCUUCCAUAGAUAAUCCUGAAAAAGUGCGUUUAUAUACUCCAAAGUGAAUGAAAACCGUUUAUAAGUCCUUUCAUAAAAUAAGCUGCUAACUAUACUGACUCCAUUUGAGUAGGUACAGGUAAAGGAAAACAAUCUUGAUAUAAUAAAAAAAAACAUCUAUACUAAUAUUAUAAAGAGGGAAACUUUGUUUG